GCUGAGUUCACGCCGAGUUCACGUUCCCACUUCUCGCGAGAUUUCCGGUUGCUAGGCUCAUGAUGUCUCCUAAACAACCAAACCGUAUGUAGCCUUCAGCAUCUCCGUUCAACAUCAGGUCACAUGAUAUCGAAAGAUAUUUUCGUCGCACAAAGUUCUGACGAUCAGACGGACCUCUCGUUUUUGUGUGCAGAACAAACGGCAUGGCGGAGACGUCCGAGAGCAAGAAGGAGGAGGCGGAUUGCAAGCGGCUGCACAGUUUCCCUCUGAUUCGGCACACAGACAUGCCAGAGGAAAUGAGGGCGGAGACGAUGGAUCUGUGCGUUACAGCGUGCGAGAAGUUUGCAACCAACAACGAGAGUGCAGCCCGGAUGAUAAAGGAGUCAAUGGACAAGAAGUUCGGCAGCUCGUGGCACGUGGUGAUCGGCGAGGGCUUCGGAUUCGAGAUCUCGCACGAGGUCAAGAACCUCCUGUACAUGUUCUUCGGCGGAAGUCUGGCCGUGUGCGUGUGGAAAUGCUCCUGACACUCGAAAAGCACAAACCGACUGAGACAAAUCCUAAAAAUCCCUGAUCAGUUCGAAAUCUCUCAGCGAUGAAGAAGGAGAAAUAUGACAUUUCACGUUUAUUUUUUUUUCUUUCCUCCCUCUCUCUUUUUUUUUUUUGUUUCCACGACUCUCACGUUCUGUGUACUGCCAGACCAUCUGGACGUAUGGUGCUGUUUUUGGCUUUUCUUGUCUCUCUCUCCUUCUUUUUUCUCUCUCUCCCUCUCAUUCUACACCUCCUCUCCAACUGUCUCUCUCAGCUUGUCCAUUUUUUGAUACCUGAUGUUCAGGAAAUGUAUUUUUUUUACAGUGACAAAUCUAUUUUUCUAGAUUGUGAAGAUUUCAUGUAUAUAGUUUAUAUAAAAUAAAUAAAUAUAAUAAAAUAAUGUAAUGCACAUACUGAGUGUGUGAAGAUGUUCCCACUUUUAUCAUGAAAAUUAAAACAUUCCUAUCGGA